AUGCCCGUGCCCGCCGCCCCCAUUGGCCCCCGCAGUCACAUGCCGGGCGGUGGCGGGGCCGCCCGCUCCGCCUUCCCUCGGUCCCUCCCGCCCAGCCGACCAGCCGAGCCUCCCUCCGCCGGGCUGAGCGCAGGGAGCGGCCGCGAUCGCACCAUGAGCACCCUCAAGGUCUACAGCACCUCGGUGACCGGCUCCCGGGAGAUCAAAUCCCAACAGAGCGAAGUAACCAGAAUCCUCGAUGGGAAAAACAUCAAGUACGAGCUGGUGGAUAUCUCCCAGGACAACGCUCUCCGGGAGGAGAUGAGGGCAAAGGCAGGCAACCCCAAAGCCAUCCCACCCCAGAUCGUCAACGGAGACCAGUACUGUGGGGAUUACGAGCUCUUUGUGGAAGCGGUGGAGCAAAACACUCUGCAGGAGUUCCUGAAGCUGGCCUGAGCCCCGGCUCCUCUCCCUUCCUGGACUCUACCUGCAUUCCUGAGCACCCUCAUCUCCGACCACCUUCACUUCCAGGUUGUCAGCGCUGUCCUGGCACCACGACCUGUAUUCCCGGCACGGGGAAACAAACCCAUGACCAAAACUCAUUGCAGCUGCCUCCGAUUCCCUCCUGCCUAACCCCGGCAUCAUCUCAGAGGGAUCCAAAGAAAGUCUGACGCUCGCUGCGCAUGGCCUGUGAGCGGAGCCGGGCCUGGCUCACCGCAGCUUCCAGUGCCUCUGUAAACAGCAAAGCCUCUGGGGCGUGUGAAGUGCGGGGCGGCCGUCAGCCCCCUCCUCUGCCUCGGGAGGGAAGGGCUUAGGGCUGCAUGUUACUUCCCACUUCUCCUCAUUGCUGUUAAAAUUGUAAAUUCCGCUGCCUCACUUCCUUUUUUUUUUUUUUUUCUUUCCCUUUUUUCCCCCGUUUUCAUCUCGACAGUAGACAUUAUGGCAACUAAGUAAAUUUUUUUUGUUUGUCUUAAUUUAAUGCAAAAAUACUGCACAGAGUUGGGGUCUGACCACCCACCGUGGAGGAGCUGGGGGCGAAGGCUGGGAUCUGUGGCAUCUGUGCUGCCUGGGGGGAUGGAUGGGGCUGGAAGGGAGAUCUGUGCUGUUCUGGCCACCCUCCACCAUGACCAGGGCUCCCUCGUGAGCAUUAAUGGCUCAGGGCUGCCCCAGACCAGCUGAUGCUCCAGCUGUCUGCUCUUUGCUCUUUGAGUUGGCUUUUUUGCAAUCCUGGACCAAGUGCAUUUUGUUUUCCUGCCAAAAAGCAAGUUUAUAACCAGUGUUGUCUUCCGAGAUGCUAUUAAAUGUUACUGUACCUUUCA